GAGAGAGAGAGAGAAUAGAGAUUGGAAAGUUCUCGAAGCUUCGUGAUAAAUAAAAAGCGAUCCGUUGGCUCGCUGAGUAUUCUAAAAGCAAAUGAAAGGAAGGAAUCACGUGGAACGUACAGUUCAGAUUCGAGGAGAAGCAUCGAAACGAACGCGUCGCCGUCUUCGCUUUCGUUAACGUGUUUCUCUGCCUCUUACAUCCGUAGUACGACAUUUGGACGCUUGAGAUCGCAACGAUCGCAUCUUUAUCGCAUUACUAUUGGUCGUAAAUGGUCACGUGAGUAGACCGCGGGACGCGGCAGCAGCGCCAAGCGUAUUUGGCGGGAUCGUGCUUAGACGGCGUCGUCUGUGCUCCCCGCAAGUCUGUCGUGUAGCGAACCGCAAAGGCUCUCCUAGCAUAAUGGCUGGUGGAAAGGCGGGCAAGGACUCUGGCAAAGCGAAGGCAAAGGCGGUCUCUCGUUCGGCGAGGGCUGGCUUGCAGUUUCCUGUAGGUAGAAUACAUCGACAUUUGAAAAACAGGACUACCAGUCAUGGUCGGGUUGGUGCAACGGCUGCAGUAUACAGCGCAGCUAUCUUAGAAUAUCUGACAGCCGAGGUCUUGGAAUUGGCAGGAAAUGCAUCUAAAGAUUUGAAAGUUAAACGUAUAACUCCAAGACAUUUGCAACUUGCUAUUCGAGGUGACGAAGAACUAGACAGUCUCAUUAAAGCUACUAUAGCAGGAGGAGGUGUUAUUCCACAUAUCCAUAAAUCACUGAUCGGCAAGAAAGGUUCUCAAAAGCCAGCAUAAUUUAGUGACGAUUGAAGAACUAUUUGAGAGAUAAGUAGACAAAACAGAUGUAAAGUGGCAGUGAUUGUUGACAAAGUGUACCUACGUUAUUAAACUAAAUGGAGAGACUGGAGUGAUGAUAUAUAUGUAUAUGGCUACAUAUAUAUAUGUAUACAUAUAUAUAUUUAUAUAUAAAUAUAAAUGAAACAAAUAUUGAUAUAAUUUAAUAUAGAUAACGAAGAGAUAAAGGAAAGACAAACGUUAAAAGCGUAAUUUGACGAUUGGGAAGGAAUAGGGGAUGAUUUUGUUGGAGAUGAAAAUUCCUAGUGUGCAUAUAACGUGGCGAUUAAUCGAAGAGCAAUGUGUUAUAGCAUCGCUCGCUCGAAACGAUAGCGUUUGUUGCUUCGCCGAUAAUGUAUAUUUUAAAUGAAAGGUUGAAAACGCUUCAUUGUUCACACACACAUUUAUUUUACAUACGUAAUUAUUAUAUCUAAUUUUGUUUUUCGGCCACCCUUAACUAUAUUCGCGUUUUUGUUAAACUUUAUUCUUUCUUUUCAUUUUCUUUCUUUUCUUUUUUAAAUAAUCGACGAACAUUUCUCCGUCGUUUGGUAAUCAUUCAUUUUCGAUAGUGUGUGCGUGUCGAAAUUGUCUGAGAAAUAGUCAUUUCCAAUCUCAAUAAGAUUUCAUCGAAGUCACAUAUUGUGUAAUAAUAAAUCUUACAUACACCUAAGUCUUUAUAGGUACUAUAGUAAUUAAUGAGAGAUUACAGGAGAUAUAUAUAACAAUUGUCAUUAAGAAAGAGAGAGGAUUAUUAUAGUUAGACAAAGACGAUCGAAACAAGAUUUUAAUUUUUCUAAACUAUUUAUAUUUCAAAGAGUCUAUUUUGUGUUAAUUGCACUAUGUGAUCAUUUUAAUGAUUCCGAUCUUUAGAAUUUGUUUUCAAAUUUUUUGGAUGAUGUAUUUUAGUUACUGUGAUGAUAAUUAAAAAAUAUUUCUAAUUGAUGUCUUUCAAUCUAUUAAGCUGUAGAAACAUAAGAAAUCUGUGAGUAUAUAAUAUUACUUAUUAACAUACUUAAUAAUGAUAUUAUAUAAUGUAUAAUAUAAAAUAUUGUAAGAUCGGAAACUUUAAAAAUUGAUCUCAUCGUGAAUAUAUAUUAUUUCAGUUGCAGCAAAUUCUCAAAAAAUAUAUGGGUGAAAAUUUGUAUCUAAGAUGAAGUUUAUAUAAUUAAAUAUUUCCUUUUCAUUUCAAUUACAUCCCGGUACUAGGAUGAAAUCAAUAUGAGAAGAGAGAAAAUCGUUUGAUUUUGUGUUUAACAUUAUUCGUAUUAUUAUUAUUAUUAUUAUUAUUAUUAUUAUUAUUAUUAUUAUUAUUAUUUUUAUUUUUAUUAUUAUUAUAUUAUAUUAUAAUUAUUAUUAUUAUUAUCAUUAUUCUGGAAACAAAAAUAUAAUAGACUAUGAUUUAGUGUAAUCUCUAUAUCUACAGUACCUACUGACGUAUGUUGAAAAAGAAGCAGCCAUGUAAAUCUUCAUUAAUCAUAAUAAAGAUGAAUUUUACUAUUAA